AAAUAUCGUGAUGUGUCAAGCAACACUGACGAAAGGAAAUUUCAUUUUCUUGCUUGAAGGACCUGGUUGAGAAUGAAAACAAUGAAUACAAAAAGGACGAGAUCCACACUCAAAGCAGUUAACAAGGAAGAUGAUUAAUUCGUUUUCUGACAGUCUCCAUAGAUAUAUGUUGGAGCACAAGCGCGCGUGAAACAAAACGAUGCUCUGUUCAUUUGCUGGGAACGUUCACGAGACAUGGAAAGCCUUUCUAGUUACUGGAACAGUCUUGGGACUCUUUGGAGCUACUACAUCACAAGGUAACUUCAAGGAUGACUUAGAACAUAAGCUGAUCAAUCGCUUGUUCAAGAGUAAUUACAGCAAAGAAGCUUUACCUGUAGUCAACAAAUCAGAAGCAGUCCAGGUUACGUUUGACCUGGCAUACAGUCAACUUAUAUAUCUGGACAGCAAAAAUCAAAUACUCUCUAGCAAAGUGUGGUUGCGACAGAUGUGGACUAACCCAUUUCUCGGCUGGAAGCCUGAAGAUUAUGGUGGAAUAGAGCAUAUUAAUAUUGACCCAAAAUUAAUAUGGAAACCAGACAUCAUUCUAUACAACAACAUUGGCUUUGGCGAAACAGGUGCAAUAUAUAACUUUGACACAAAAGCAACUCUGAGGUACGAUGGAUAUACAGAGUGGUUUGCUCCAACAGAGAUUCACAGCAUCUGCAAAAUUGACAUCAGCUAUUUCCCCUUUGACCACCAGAAAUGUAAACUUAAAUUUGGCUCCUGGACUUAUACAGAUAAUAAGCUCAAUCUCACAACUUCGCGGAACGCAAACACUGCAGACCUCUCCAAGUACACGAUCAGCGGCGAGUGGGAACUAGUUGGGGCACCUUUAAAGAGGAAUGCUGUCAAGUAUACUUGUUGUAAACAUCCCUUCAUCGACAUAACAUACACGAUACACGUUAAGAGAAGGGUUCUCUUCUACAUGAUGAAUCUGAUUGUUCCGUACAUCGUACUAGCUGUCUUGACAGUUUUCUCGUUUUACCUACCACCAGAGUCUGGGGAACGAAUGGGUCUGGUAAUUACAAUACUACUAGGUCUGACCGUGUUCAUGAUGGUAUUCACCGACAACGUGCCGCGCACUUCGGAAGUAACCCCGCUGAUCGGUAAGUACUCGGUCACAGUCCUUGUUCAGGUCACUUUCGCGCUGCUUGUCACGUGCGGCGUUCUGAGAGUUUAUCACAAAGAUCCAGAGAGGAAGAUGCCUGCCUGGUUCCGCAAGCUAAUCUUUGACAUCUUGGGGCCAAUGCUGUUAGCCACGCCGUCUGAUGAACGACAAAAGAUGAAACAAGACGACAAGAACAAGAGCUAUUACAUGUCAAAAGUACAGGGAAAUCCUUACGAGAUUCAUCGAAGCCAGAACCAUCUUGUUGUGUCGAUCCCAAAGAUUACUGGCAUGAAGGAUGGCGAGGCGGAAACCGAGCGCAAAUGUUUUCACACCUCACCCAUGGGAUCCAAUUUGUCGCUGACACCCUCGGAUGAACGCAUGGAAGAGAUUGUAUACGGGAUGCGCGCCAUUGUAUCUCAUCUGAAAGACACUCAAGAGUCUGAUGCGAAAAUCAACGACUGGCAUCACGCAGCAGCAGUACUAGACAUUGCGUUUUUCUGGAUAACGGCUAUCACCAUCUUAGGCUCCACCCUUGCCUUUUACUUCAUGAUUCCAAACUGAUUUGUGACGUACAUUGUGAGAUCGCUAAAGAAGAACUCAGUGCACCUUUUUUUACGUAUAAUACUCCUCAAAAAGCAAACCAAUGAACGUUUAAUUGAACCUAGGGACGCUGGAAUAAAAAAUAAACAGGGGGGAGAUGGGGGCAGUGGUUGCCAGUGGCGGAUGCUGCUAUGGAGGUCUAGUAACUGGAGCGAAAAGAUCACCCCUAGACCUUAGGGUUUGGUCCUCCUUGGAGAACUAGUGUACCCAAUCCUUCAGUAGUUAAAGCACUUGUUAAUGCUAUUGAAUUAACGUUUCAGAUAUAAACCAUGGUAAAAAAAAAAAAGUGAGGACUGAAGUUUUUGAACGUUCCUUUUGAUAGAGUUUUAUGUAUAUGAAAAAAUAUUGUAGGAGAACUUAUUCUGGAAGGUGGCUCGAAAAACUUUCGAUCUUUGUGCCUGGUGUAUCACAGUCGUAUCGAGCAUCUAUCUUUUAACGAAGUUCCAAGUCUGACAACUGGUUUUCGGAAGUUAUUAGAAUUACACGUUUUUUCGAAAUAACAAUAAUUGGAUUUGUUUGAAACUAUAACGCUAUCGCUAGACUCACCAGCGAGAUUUUGUUUCGAGUAACUUAAAUUGUAGAUUUUGGCCAUUAAGAUCUUUUUUCAAAGAAACAAAGGGCAAGCUGUUAUAUGCAACCAGGAAAACAAAAACGUUUCCAAACUACGAUAUAUAUAUUUUGGAUUUAUUAGAGUGGGAAUUUUUUUCCCAUAUUUUGAUAGUGCUUUCAUUUGUUAUCUCCAAAAUUAGGGCCUCUUGGGGCGGAGUGGGUUGGGAGUGCUAUUGUUUUGGGGUGCUACAUAAAAGAUGUUAAAGUGCUCCUACUCCCGAAAGACUGUUUGAAAAAAAGGUCUUUUUCUCCAAACCCUGAGACGCCCUGACAAAUAGAGGUGAAAAUCGAGUGAGUAUAUUUUGUCUAGUAAAGUUUAACUAAUAAAGUUGACAUAGCAAAUAUA